GGAAUAACCACCUGUUGACCACCCUCAGCCAGAACAACAUUCUAGUUUCACCUGCUGCUCCCUCUCUUCCGGUUUUGCAGGUGCUGACUUCCUUCAUGCACUCAUUAGCCAAGCUCGCUCUUUUUGGCCUUGCUGCCGUUCGCCAAGCGUGCGCGAUUUCGCCAGGUUUUCCGUACGGAAGCGAGAAAGUGCGCGGUGUCAACCUUGGCGGUUGGCUCGUCCUCGAGCCCUGGAUCACGCCCAGUCUUUUCGAUAACACGGGCAAUGAUGCCAUCGUUGACGAGUGGACCUUUGGUGAAUACCAGAACUAUGACACUGCACUCGGCGUACUCCAGAACCACUGGAACACAUGGAUCACCGAGUCUGACUUUGCCGCCAUUGCUGCUGCAGGGUUGAAUCAUGUGCGAGUUCCGAUCGGCUAUUGGGCGUUCGAAGUCGGUCCUGGCGAGCCCUACAUUCAAGGCCAGCUUCCGUACCUCCAGAAUGCGGUCACCUGGGCCGGCCAAAACGGCCUCAAGGUCAUCGUUGACCUUCACGGGGCCCCAGGCAGCCAGAACGGGUAUGACAACAGCGGUCACCGGAUACCCUACCCCGAGUGGCAGUCGAAUCAGACGAAUGUGCAGCGCACGGACGCGAUUAUCAAGCAGCUGGAAGGCAUGUUCGAAAGUCAGACCAAUGUUGUGUCAAUUAUAGCGCCCCUAAACGAACCUGCGGGUUAUGACGGUGAUCAGAUCCUCAGUGUCGUCCGGCAGUACUGGUACGACUCGUAUGGGAACAUCAGAUAUCCAUACGGCACCUCGCAGCAGAGCAACACCAUUGAGCUCAUCCAUGACGCGUUCCAGCCGCUGAGCUACUGGACGGGGUUCAUGACGCCCCCAAAUUACCAGGGCGUUGCCAUGGACACUCACAUAUACCAGGUGUUCUCCGACGCCGACGUCGCGAUGACCUGGCCCCAACAUAUUAGCGCUGCAUGCGCAGAGCAGUCUGCCCUUUCUGGAUUCGAUCUCUGGCUCAUCGUCGGAGAAUGGUCGACUUCCCCGACGGAUUGCGCGACGUACCUUAAUGGGCGGGGCGUCGGGUCGCGGUACGACGGCACGUACUCUGGGUCGACGUAUGUCGGGAGCUGCACCGGGCUCACCGGCUCGGCGAGCACGUUCAGCGCGGCGUAUAAGACUUUCCUCCGUCAGUUCUGGGAGGCACAGGUGAUCUCCUACGAAGCCGCUGCGGACGGGUGGGUUAUGUGGGCGUGGAAGACCGAGAGCGCGGACGAGUGGUCAUACUCUGCUGGACUGCAGAACGGGUGGAUUCCUCAGAACCCGACCGACCUCGAGUAUCCCAGCAUCUGCGGUUAGCAGGUUUACGCAUCCAAGUCGAGGGCCUUGUAUAUGAUUGGACGAACCUUAACGUAUCAUUUCCUGACCUUCCCUUUGUCGUAUUCACGAUCUUGACGAAUCUUGUCUCUCAUUCUAUCUAACUUUUGCAUAUACCUAGCGCAAAUUGUAUUAGGUCCUAUCAGAC